GGAGGCCACUUCCGCCGUAGCCCUCCAAGCAGAGCCCGCCCCGCCCCGCGUGACGCCACUUCCGCUUCCGGCCCCACACGGCGGCCUUCCGGCUUCCCUGACGUCGGCUGCUCGUGAGCGGAGAGAGAGCGCGGCGUGCCCGCCGGAUCGCAGCCAUGACUGAGGCUGAUGUAAAUCCCAAGGCCUAUCCCCUUGCAGAUGCGCAUCUCACCAAGAAACUAUUGGACCUUGUUCAGCAGUCAUGUAACUACAAGCAGCUUCGGAAAGGAGCCAAUGAGGCCACCAAAACCCUCAACAGAGGCAUCUCUGAGUUCAUUGUGAUGGCAGCAGACGCUGAGCCCCUGGAGAUCAUCCUGCACCUACCACUGCUGUGCGAAGACAAGAAUGUGCCCUAUGUGUUUGUGCGCUCCAAGCAGGCCCUGGGGCGAGCCUGCGGGGUUUCCAGGCCUGUCAUUGCCUGUUCUGUCACCAUCAAGGAAGGCUCUCAGCUGAAACAGCAGAUCCAGUCCAUUCAGCAGUCCAUCGAAAGGCUCUUAGUCUAAGCCUUUGGCCUCUGCCCUGGUCCCGCCCACCCCGCUCCCUUCCCCCUUGAAAUCAUGUAUCAUAUUGUCAGUGUUAGCAUGUAGUAUUUUCAAUGCCUUUCUAUUAUAAAGUAUUGUACUAAAUCUGGUUUCUAGGUUGUUGUAUUGUUUUUGGUUUGUUUUACAGAACUGUUUUCCCUUAUCUCCCCUUCACCUUCUUUGCCAUCCUUUUACCCUAUCUUGAAAACUGAGCUAAUGCCCAAAACAAAGGCAGAAAGAAGGAGGGGAAACCCCACUGAGAGAUUUUGGUGCAGCUUUCACCUACCAACUCCCUCCUGCAUGCAGGUCAGGAAUAAAUACCAGCCAGUUUAGGGUUCUAUGUGCCUGCCAUGCAGGAUCUCUGUACAUGGUCCAGUGGUUGAGGCUCUUCUCUAUUUCCCUCUUUCUAAAUGAUCAUGUAUUGUUUAAGGAGGAGAUGUAUGUUCCAUGAGGUGGGUCUGUAGCCAUUUACUAAUGUGUACUCCUGGAGCUUUGGAUGUGAUGCUGUAUUCUCGCCUCACGCGUGCCUCUGAGGGUGGUAGAACAGCAAUAUACCAAAGGGGAAGCCUGUCGGAUUUGAAGGCAGGCUGGGUGAAUGGUGUUUGGGGGUCAACGUGGGCUUUGAAGACUGAGGAGUAGCAAGGACAGAAGGGUCAAUUGAUGCUGGAAUGGGGGAUUCUGGGAAUUCUGGGAAAAAUCAUAGUUACAUGGUAGAUACAACAGAGAUGGUUGAGUCAGAAAACUUGUGGGGGUGGGGGUCAAUGGGGAUUUCUUCAGUUAUAUUACAUGAAAACUGAUGUGUCAUUCAUUCUUGGACACCUAAUAAAAAGUAUAUUCAUAUUCCAUUUUAAA